GGCCGGCGCGGUCGUGUGACGUCACACCGCGCGACAGGGCGAAGCGCAGCGGCCCGGGCGCAGGUACCUGGAGUUCUCAGUGCGAUCGCCAUGGUCCCGCAGCUUCCCCCUGAGAUCCAGCUGGCGCAGCGCCUGGCAGGGAACGAGCAGGUGACCCGGGACCGGGCGGUGAGGAAGCUCCGGAAAUACAUCGUCGCCAGGACUCAGCGGGCUGCAGGUGGUUUCACUCAUGACGAGCUGCUGAAGGUGUGGAAAGGACUCUUUUAUUGCAUGUGGAUGCAGGACAAGCCGCUCCUCCAGAGGCUGAAGGAGAUUAUUUUACUGUUUCCUGCACAGGAGGAACUAGGAAGGACCAUUUCCCAGCUUGUCCAUGCUUUUCAAACCACAGAGGCACAGCACCUGUUCCUUCAGACCUUCUGGCAGACCAUGAACCGCGAGUGGACGGGCAUAGACAGGCUGCGCCUGGAUAAGUUCUACAUGCUCAUGCGGAUGGUCCUGAAGGAGUCCUUCAAGGCCCUGAGAAUGCGGGCGUGGGAGGAAAGACAGAUUGAGCAGCUGUUGGAGCUGCUGACGACCGAGAUCCUGCACCCCGAUAGCCAGGCCCCCAACGGGGUGAAGAGUCACUUCAUCGAGAUCUUCCUGGAGGAGCUGGCCAGAGUGGGCGCCAGUGAGCUGACGGCAGACCAGAACCUCAAGUUCAUCGAUCCCUUCUGCAGAAUCGCUGCCCAGACUAAGGACUCCCUGGUUUUACAUAACAUCAACCGAGGCAUCUUUGAAACGAUUGUGGAACAGGCCCCGCUCGCCAUUGAAGACCUAAUGAACGAAAUGGAGGAUGAGGAAGACGAGGAGGAGGAGGAAGAGGGGGAGAUGUCAGAGGAUGAUGGGCAGGAACAGGGCGUGCCGCCCAAGAAUCUGUUUGAGAAGCCCCCUGAAGGCUCCCGUGGGGCUGCCCCGGGCCUGGCUGAGGAGCAGGGCGAGGACGAUGAGGACGGCACUGGCGCCGUCCUUCAGUUUGACUACGAGGCUGUUGCUAACAGGCUGUUUGAAAUGGCCAGUCACCAGAGCACCCCUUCUCAGAACAGGAAGCGUCUCUACAAAGUGAUCCGAAAGUUGCAGGACCUCGCUGAAGGCCUCUUCCCUGAGGAGGACAUCCCGGAAGAAGCCCACAGGAAGCUGCGGGAGGGGAAGAAGGGGAGGAGGGCGAAGAAGCGUUCGCCCAAAUCCCAGCUGCAGAACAAGACAGGGAAAGGUGAACAGGAGGACCCGUGUGCCAACCUGAGUUCCAGAGUGGAGAGAAAGAGGCGACAUCGGGGCCCAGGGGCUGACCCCGCUGCGCCCCAGGAACAGCCCGGGGGCCGGGGCAGGAGAGGAGUACGCAAGAGGCGGCGGCAGCCUCCGGCAGGGCCCAGAGCAAAGGUGCCUGGGUGCCGGGAGCCAGGCGGGAAAAAGAAGCGAACACGGGAGAGCAAGAAAUGACGUGGCUGGACCCAGCCCCGAGGACAGCGCCGUCUCCACCACUCCUCCCGUCUGCGCUGUGUCGAGUGAGCAAACAGGACAGGUGGGCCGUGCUCCCAAGGCUCCAGACAUGCAUGGUCAGCACUAAGUGAGGCUGGCUCUCAGUCAGUCAUGCCCCAGAGAGCACUGCUGCUGUGCUGACUCCUGUCAGGCAGGACCCCGCAAAUAACCCUCCCUGGCAGGGCCGGGGACUAGCCACGCAGCGGGCGGCUGUAAAUAAAAUGCUACGCGUUCUUAGAAA